GUCAGCGCAGAGAGUUUGGACCUGCUUCUGAACUUUGCGUCCACUUUGAUUCAGAGUUUUACUGGGAACGACAGGCUCGUGGGCGCACAGUAGGUUAAGAGGAAGCGAGGUGUAAUAAUAACUCGGCUUUUCGCAUGAACACAUUUUCAGUUCUCGUUCUGGAGUUUAUUAUUGCAUCUCGUGCACAAAUACACACUAAGUGCAACAGACUUCAGCCUGUCUCUAACAGUGUCCCUCUGAGAUGGAGUGAUCAUCCACGUCAUUCUUCUCUUCAAGAAACAGCAGAAGUCCUUCAUCAUCAUCAUCAUCAUCAUCACAUGCUGAAAACAUGAAACAAAUCACUAAGCCCACCAGGAUCCCAUCAGAGAAUCACUUUAUAACAGCAGGGAGAGCUCGAUCAGCCAGUCGACAGCCGCCCUCAUCGGACAAGCUGCCUGAGCAGUACCUAAUUGGACAGUGGCCGCGAGAGCCGUACCGACCCCAGGCAUCCUGUAUGAGUGAUAAAGCCACACAGACUCCUGGCUUUUGGACUGAGGAUGAAGGAGAGGUCAACGUGCACAAACGCUCGGCAUCAUGGGGCAGCGCUGACCAUCUCAUAGAGAUUGCAAAACUCCGUCAGCAGCUCCAGCGCAGUUUGCAGGGCAGCCGCAGUAUCAAGGAGAAAGAAGAAGUGAUGCAUCUGAAUCCGGCCCAGCCAAAGCGGCUGUCUGCAUCCUCCUCUAAUACGGUCGUUUCCAGACCCGUCAUGUGUCGAAUGCCCAGCUAUGGUGACGGUGUUAACCAGGAGCUGGAGAACGUCUUCAUCUGUGAAGACCAGGGGAGAGAGGAGGAGAAGGCUUUGGAGGUGCGGGACGGCGGCCGUGCUCCUGUUCCUCCUCUUCAUCACACACACAGCGCUGAGACGCAGAUCUCCUGCAGUCCCUGUUACUGCUGCUCUCCUGCCGCCGAGGCUGAGAAAGAUUACAGGUGUGGUUCACCUCUGCCUCAGUUUUCCAGCUCUCCCAAACCCAACAACAGUUACACGUUUAAGCGUGAGCCUCCUGAGGGCUGCGAGAAAGUCAAAGUGUUUGAAGAUCUCAUCACUUGUAGGACACAAGGCUUUCCCAUCUUCUCCUGCCCAGACAGAAACAAGGUGAACUUCACUCCCAGCGGCUCGGCCUUCUGUCCGGUGAAGCUGCUGUGUUCCUCUCUUUUCCCGUCAGAUGAUGCUGCUCGUCCCAGUUCAGGACAGACGUCUGGUUCGUUUACAGAGCUGCGGCCCGUGACGUCUGAACGCUGCAGUAUUAGGAAGUGCCUGCUGCUCAGUUAGCCAAUCACAGCUCAGAUCUCAAACAGCUGACUUUUCUAGGAAAUCUUGUACUUGCUAAUGGUUGUACAAAAGGACCAUUAUGUUGAACUUUGUCUUGGGGUUUCAUGUAAUUCUGCUGGAAUGCACAAAUCUUUACUUAACCUUGCAGCACAUCCUACUAACCAAGUAAAACGCAUUAGAUAUGACAGAUAAUCAACGGGAACAAAUGUGCUUCAUUCCUUAACACAUAACUCGGGUUUAACUUCCAUUAGGGCUGGAUGAUAUAGCUAAUUAAUUAUAUUUCAAUAGUGGUUUGAUGAUAUAUAUAUAUAUAUAUAUAUAUAUAUAUAUAUAUAUAUAUAUAUAUAGAUUUUUUUUUUUUUUUUUUUUUCUGUAGAAGAAACAUUAUUUCACCCCAACAGUCAUUGUAUUGCCAGCAAAAUGAUUGCGAAUAUAUUGUGCAUAUUCAAUAUGCUGCCCAGCCUUAACGUUCAUAUGUUUAUUGAACAAUAAAAAUGUGUUUUUAGUCUUUUAUUCACGUGACACUGUUAUGGUGUAUAAAUAUGACUGCUGGAUGCUCAUAUUAAAGUGACGUAAAAUA